AUGAAUGAGCUCACGUCCAGUCAUUCGGGACCGUCGCAGUCGCGCGGCCUGGCGACAUCUUACGCGUUCUCGGCAGCACCUGCCAACGCGGGGAACCUCGUGGCAAUGGACCGCAAGAGUUUUCAAGGAGGUCCACGAGGCAGCAAUGGCCAUCAAGGUGCAGGGAAACAGUACUCGUCACACCCGCAACAGCUGCAGCAAGUGAACGAGUACCACCAUCCCGCUGCCGGACCGUAUGCAGCCACAAAUUAUCCACAUCUCAAGAGCCAGACGGACAAUCGAGCAGGGAGCAACAAUGGAGGCAAGUUCGAUUACGUGCCCACCAGCCAGCAGUACUCGUCCCACCCCAAUCAGCAGCAGCAACAACAACAACAACAGCAGCAGCAGCAAUCGUUUGCAUCACCGUUUGGAUACGCGUCCUAUGCCCAGAAUUACAACAGUACUGGAGAUUACGGCCAGCAGCAGCAGCAAUCGUCGCAGCAGCAGCAGCAGCAGCACUACCAUGGAGAGUAUGCCCAAGUAGGGGAAACAAAUCCCCUCGGCAUGCUCGUGAGCUCGGCAACGAAUUCCCAGGCGCCGCACGAAGCCAUGCCCCACGACCAUGUAAAUAUCGGACUCAAGGACGUGGGAGAUCGCAAGUACCGGCAGCAGCAGCAGUACAGCGUGGUCGCCACCGACUCGUUUCUGAGUUCCAGCGGCACGUACGUGCAUGGUGUCGAGCGUCCUGGGAACGUGGUGCAGCUCAAAACGAACAGUAGCUCACAGCAGCAGCAACAGCAGCAGUCCAUGUACCAGCGCUCGAACAUGUACGGUGACAGCACCGCGUACUACUCGCAGCAACAGGUGCAACAACAGCAACGGACGCAGGACACGUCCCAGCCAAAUCCGUUGGAUUUGGUGCCUCCUAGUGCUGCAAUGGGAGCGAGUUUUGGCACUCCUGUCAAUAUGGGACGAGGAAUGAACAACAGCGUCGGGGGCAUGUUUGGCGUAGGAGCGCGCAUGCCGCAGUUCAGUCCUGGAGCUUCGGGCGCCUCGUUGACGACGCGGUUGAAAGAUGGCUGUUUGGACGUGUCGACUGGCGUUACUUCGAACGCCAGUCACAUGUCGUUUAUGCAGCAGCAACAGCCCGCUGCCAAGUCGCUGGAGGUUGCACACUCCUCGACCUCGCUGUAUGUAGAUGUGAGCAGCUCGACAACAUCGAUGUCAAUGGUGAGCUUGUCUUCGGAGGGUCCGACGGCGGCAUCGAAUAAUUCGUAUCCGCCUUCGUCUCAACUUGGUACAAACAGCAGAGAUGUCUGUGGGCUGUGCAGUGGCAGCCAUAGCGACAGGAUUGCGAGUCAUUGCGGCCAUCGGUUUCACGCCCAGUGUCUGCAUACAUGGGGAGGGUUGACAACGUGUCCAAUGUGCGCACAGUCAUCGAACACUAUCACUAGUCUCCCGAUCGGCUAUGGUCUUGGAGCAGGUCAUGUGUCGGCCAUUUCGCAAGGCUCAACAGGGCAAGAAGAAGGACCGAUGAAUGCGGGAAGUGGCGGUGGUGGUGGGACGAUGAACAACAGCGCCACUGAUGCUAGCAACAACACCGUGUCCAUGACACCAAACUCUAUGAAUUCCUCGCAAAUCCCAGCAAGUAGCACUAUGCACAUGGCCAAUCCUGUUCAUGGUGGAAGACCGCCGCCGAUUGACACGCAUAUUCACGACAAUCGUAUGAGACCAACGACACUCAGUGCGGGCAAGCGUAGCGCGACGUCCACUCGGUCUGGUUCUAGUAGUGGUGGACGAGUGCGCAAAAACAAGAAGCUGAAAGACUGCUCUGUACCAGGCUGUGACCGCACGGUUCGCUCGCGAGGACUUUGUAAAGGUCACGGCGGUGGCCGCCGCUGCGGAUUUGCUGGCUGUGGACUCAGCGAUCAAGGUGGUGGCUUCUGCAUCAGUCACGGGGGUGGCAAGCGUUGCCAGCACGAGGGCUGCGAUAACUCAGCCCAGUCGCGUGGGCUAUGCAAAUUGCAUGGCGGUGGUAGUCGCUGCACGGUUCUUAACUGCACAAAAAGCUCGCAGGGUCGCGGACUGUGCCGUGCUCAUGGUGGCGGCCGUCGCUGCAUGGUCGAAGGCUGCAAUAAGACUGAUCGUCGCGCCGGCUACUGCGUGACACAUGGUGCAGACAAGAAGUGCAUUGUACCCGAGUGCUCCAAGACGGGUCGUAUCGACAACAUGUGCACAAAACAUUACUUUGAGCGACACCCAGCACAGCCGCCGGGAACUGUGAGCACGACACCGCCUCCUGUCAUCACUGUCAAUGCCAACACAAGUGCAGCAAGAGCCCGUGCGGAGAGGAAGAGGGCUGUUGAGCAGCAAGACGUUGCCAACUAUGCGGGUAUGUCUUCAGCGAUGCUUGCUGGACCCGCAUCGGCCGCCAACACGCUCUUUGAUGCACGAUAUGGUGGGACCAUGACAAAAGCCGAGCCGUUUUAG